GGAUAGGCCUAGUUAACAACUUUCAUAUUUUUCCAUUCUUGAUCUAGCUGAUUCUACAUGCCACUGUUUCUUGGCCUACGAACCACCUUUUGUUGUCGGCCUUCAUGGCUUCAUGGUUGGUCCUGCCAGUCGCGCUAUAGAUGCCACUACAUAAGAUUCAGGACUGUGGUCCUCUUCCACAGCGGAUCGUAGAAUGGUUUAUAAUUUCUGGCAGGACGAUUCAGAGCUAUCCAAAGCAUUGCGUGCAGUACAAGGACUUGUCGAUAACGCCCCGUCGUCCUCUCAGCCUCAGCAGAAUCACCAUCCGCCUUCGGCUCCAGUAAAUUCGUAUGGGGAUCCCCCACCCACGGUUACUCAGUAUCACUCUAUGUAUGGCGGAGACUCGACGAGCAACAAUCAAGUGCUCGCUCCUGCUCAUCUACAAAAUGCUUGGUUUUCUCAACGUAAUAGUCAAUUUCCAAGUGAUUUGACGCCGCCAUUUCGUGAGAACGAUCAUCGUGAUAUUCAUAGUGCUGCCGGACAACCUUUGCCCGACGCCUCUUUCAACUAUUUCCACUCUCCUGUCUCCAACGACUCGUUUGCAAACAGUCUGGGAUUUUCUGGCAGCGUCUCUGAAUCAUACCUCAUUGAGCCUCACCCUCACCCGGUCCAUGACAACCAAUCAGAAUCGCACGCAUCUUGCGGCUUGUGCAAGUGGAACGAUGGCCAUGGUCCAUGUGACGUGACUGCGAGUGAAGAAGAGAUCGUGGACCACUUGUCGUCAUCCCAUCUCCCACCGGCUGGACGCGAGCUUAUGAAAUGUAAAUGGGAGGGAUGUAAACUCGGAGGAUUCAUCCGCCGAGAUACGAUCCUUCGCCACAUCCGUCAGAUUCACCUUAGAAUUAGACCUCGACGUCAGUCAUAGGUUACUUCUUCGAGUCGACGUCCGCAGCCGUAUUUAGUCAUUAUUGCUUCGACUGCCGUAUAAUUUAUGUUUCCUGCUUUCCGGUAAUGUUUCGUGCUGUGUCGCUUUCAAGAACGCAUAUGUCGAUUUAUUAAUAACAUGCCUUUGCCAUACCUUAUUUAACUUUCGAGCUGUUCU